AUGGCGCAAGGGGCAAGUGCAAGGCGGUUGCGCAAGGGGCAAGUGCAAGGCGGUUGCGCAAGGAGCGAGUGCAAGGCGGUUGCGCAAGGGGCGAGUGCAAGGCGGUUGCGCAAGGGGCGAGUGCAAGGCGGUUGCGCAAGGGGCGAGUGCAAGGCGGUUGCGCAAGGGGCGAGUGCAAGGCGGUUGUGCAAGGGGCGAGUGCAAGGCGGUUGCGCAAGGGGCGAGUGCAAGGCGGUUGCGCAAGGGGCGAGUGCAAGGCGGUUGCGCAAGGGGCGAGUGCAAGGCGGUUGCGCAAGGGGCGAGUGCAAGGCGGGUGGGGCAAGUGCAAGGCGGUCGCGCAAGGGGCAAGUGCAAGGCGGUCGCGCAAGGGGCAAGUGCAAGGCGGUCGCGCAAGGGGCAAGUGCAAGGCGGUCGCGCAAGGGGCAAGUGCAAGGCGGUUGCGCAAGGGGCAAGUGCAAGGCGGUUGCGCAAGGGCAGUUGCAAGGCGAUUGCGCAAGGGGCAGUUGCAAGGCGAUUGCGAAAGGGGCAAGUGAAGCCGAUUUAAUGCUCACACUUCGCUGCUGCUCUCUCCGCCCCUACAACCCCACCAAAACUCUGCACUUCCCCCCACCCCGCCAACCCCGCUCUUCCUGGCCCCACUCCCUGCCUAAUUCAACCCGAGAGUGUGAACUGCCGGGCGUCCGGGCGUGUGAGCUGGUGCGAAUGAAUGCGGGGGGGGAGGAGACAGCAGGCGGGGUGGCGCAACAGGUGCUGCGGGAUCAGGGAGUGGCGCUGGCAGCAGGGGGGACUGCAUCACUGGUGUUCACUGGGGUGGAGGUAAGUACACUAGCUGGGGGAGUACGGUGCAGUACGAUGCAGGUGGGUGACAGCAGGGGGGUUGGUGCGCAGGUGCUGCGGGAUCAGGACGUGGCGCUGGCAGCAGGGGGGACUGCAUCACUGGUGUUCAACGGAGUGGAGGGUUAUGCAAUAGUGGUGGAGGAGACAUGCAGCAGGGUGGUUGGCACAGCAGGUGCUGAGGGAUCAGGGCGUGGCGUGGCGCUGGCAGCAGGGGAGGUGGCAUCGCUGGUGUUCAAUGGGGUGGAGCUGGAUGAGCAUUCCACUCUGGAUCACUGGAUGAACGCUCCACCAUGGAUCAGUGUGGCAUUCAAUCUGCUUCAGGGCGGGAGAGGUGAGGGCGGUGGAAGGAGAGAGGUGAAGGCAGGGGAAGGAGAGAAGCGCCAUCUCGUCCCCAACCUGGCAAACCUUCUUUCACUUAGUCUCCCUCCCUUCCACCGUCUGCAUCGCAUCCCCCCCCCCCCUUCUCCCAUUGCCACUCCUCCCACCCCUCGCGCCUGCCACCAUCCCCUCACCAGCUGGGUGCCUCAGUUUGUUUUUCCCAUCGCGUGGCAGAUGCAGUCUGUGCCCAUGAAACAACCAGUCAAGUGGCAAGCCGUGGAGCAUCAGGUCACCACAGCAGCUGCCUUCCUCGCCGCUGUGCCUCCUUUAAUUGCCUCACUUCCAUCCCCACUGCCUCACUUCCAUCCCCACUACCUCGCUUCCAUCCCCAUUGCCUCAAACCCUCCUGCCAACAGGUAA